GAGAGGCAGAAAGUAUACAAACAAAUGUAAAAAAAAAAACAAACAAAAAAACACAUUCCCAAAUGUCCUGUUUUUAUACCUUCUUUUUGUUGUGAAAUCAAUAAACUUUUUUUAUUCUUCUUGCACAGUGGAUUGUGGAGUAAUAUUCAUCCUUGUCUCAUUCACACUGUCACACUCACCCAUCAGUGGAUGAUAGUAGGUUAAACAGUACCGCUGACUCUGCAAACGACUCUGCCUCUGCCUCUCUCUCUUUUACGCUCACCGCUGUGAUUGUGUAUGCUGCAUGCGUGCGUGGAUGGGGCUGCCUGGGUGAGAGAGAGGGAGAGAGUGAGAGAGAGAGUGAGUGAGUGAGUGAGCCGUGUGCUGUGGCUGGCUUAUCCUUGUCCUAUGCGGAUUUCACCACUGACUGCCUGCCCGAGCGGCUCGCAUCACCCAUAGGGUAUAGGCCGGAGGUUUAGAGGCUGACUGUUCCCAUUCAAGGAGAAAACACUCACUGUUAAGCUCCUCUCUCACGUUUUUAGCCGGAUCUAGGAGCCUGUGGUCGGACUUGGUUGUACCGAUCCCAGCGGAGGAGGAUAUAUUACCGGGGACUCGGAGAGGAGAUAGCAGGAGGAGAGGCGAGGAUGCUCAGUGGACAAGGCGAGAGAUGAGCAAUGGGCAAGGGGCGUCCGAUAACUCCUGACAGAGAAGAGGAGCCUUCACUGCCAUAGCUACCUCUCCUCUCCUCUCCUCUCCUCCUCCUCCAGUCCAAGGUCCCCCUUUCCCCCUCUCUCUUCUUUUGUUGAGUGUUUGUUUGUUUUUUCCUCUAUUUAUCCCUCCACAUCCUCCAUCACCUGUCGCCAUGACAACCUCAGCCCUGCGCCGGCAGGUGAAGAAUAUUGUGCACAACUAUUCAGAAGCGGAGAUCAAGGUUCGCGAGGCCACCUCCAACGAUCCAUGGGGACCGUCCUCGUCUCUCAUGUCAGAGAUCGCUGACUUGACCUUCAACGUAGUGGCGUUUGCUGAGGUCAUGGGCAUGGUGUGGAAACGCCUCAACGACAGCGGCAAGAACUGGAGACACGUCUACAAGGCCCUGACUCUGUUGGAUUACCUGCUGAAGACAGGAUCAGAGAGAGUGGCCCAACAGUGCCGGGAGAACGCAUUCACUAUUCAGACUCUACGUGACUUCCAGUAUGUGGACCGCGAUGGCAGAGAUCAGGGGGCCAACGUGAGAGAAAAAGCACGGCAACUGGUGUGUCUCCUACGGGACGACGAGCGACUCCGCCAGGAGAGGAGCCAAGCCCUAAAGACCAAGGAGCGAAUGGCUGGGGGAGGCAGUGGAGGGGGCGGAGGCGGAGUUGGGGGCGGGGGCGGAGGUGGGGGUGUGUACGGAGGUAUACCCCCGUCUUACCACCCAGGCAGGCGCACAAGCCAGCCCAGCAUGGCUGUGCUGUACGGGGAGGAGUUCAGCCGCUCCAGAGGCUCUCCGUCCUCAUUCAACUCCUCGUCCUCGUCCCCUCGCGCCGCCUCAGACCUGGAGCAGGCUCGACCUCAGACCAGCGGCGAGGAGGAGCUGCAGCUCCAGCUGGCUUUAGCCAUGAGCAGGGAGGAGAGUCAGAAGGAGCAGUGCUGUCGCCAAGGAGACGAGUCUCUGUUACAGAAGGCCCUGGAUGAGAGCAGGAGAGAGAGUCAGUCGGGGACACAGGAGUCGGCCAUGCUGGACCUGGUGGACAUAUUUGGCCCCUCAUCUGAGGCCCCGCCUCAGCCUAGUGACCCUUGGAACUCUGCCCAACCCACCGAUGACAUCACCUCUGACCCCUGGGACUCUGUAGCGGUCCACUCCAGCACUCCUGUGAUUGGUAGCCCCUGGGCAGCCCCUCCCUCAUCCUCCAACGCGUCCAAUCCUUGGGCUCCAUGUGCCGACUCACGCACAGACCCCUGGGAAGCAGCGCCUGUUUCCUCCAGUCCUGUCAAUCACACGUGGGACAGCCCGACAGACGGAGCAGGUGGUGAUGGGACAGAUCCGUUCGCUGCACAGGACGAGGAUAAUCCAAAUCAGGAGGUUCCUCAAGUGUCCUCCCCUCAACCUGCUAGUCCCACAGAUGCAGAGCUGUUUGGGAUGAAGUCAGACUCUGACCCAUUUGCUGGAGCAGAUUCCAUGCCAGAUCCAUUUGGGACCGACCCUCCGGUGAAACCCCAGGUAAAUGGACGAGAGUCGGCCAGUCCGGAGAUGUUUGACCUGUCCCGGCUAGCGCCCCCGCUCAGCGCCCCGCAUACACGUAUGUGUCGAACCCCCGAGGCCUUCCUGGGACCUACGGGGGCCUCGCUGGUCAAUUUAGACGCUCUGAUACCCUUCAACCCCCCGAGCAAGUUGCACAACAACCCCUUCCUCUCAGGUCUGAGUGCUCCGUCUCCCACCAACCCCUUCCACUGCGACCAGCCUCGCCUCACCCUCAACCAAAUGCGGCCGUCCUCUACGUCCCCGCUGCCCCCCCACAUGCUCUCCUACAGCCCGUCGCUGCCCCUCCCUCUGCACCACCAGCCACCCGUCCUCCCCUCCUCUCAAACACAACCUCCUGCCGGACUCCUGGACCUUCCCUCCAACCUCCCGCAGCCGCUGCUCCCCCUCUCGCCACGACCGCCGCAGCGCACUCAGUCACAGACACACAGCCACAACCCCUUCCUCUGAGACCUCCCGCAUCUUUCGACGACAGAAUGGACUCUUUUUGGAUUAAUCUAUGCCGACUAUAAUGAGACUAGUUUAAAAUGAGCCUGUGGAUCCUGGUCUGAUGUCAUUGUGCACACGGAUAAAACUCGGACCGGAUGUAUUUGUGUCGGUCUAAAGACACAUCAGCUGCUAAAUAACCUGAACUCUUGAAGAAAAGCUAACACACACACACAUGCACUCAGGCGCACUUCAGGGUGCAUAGACACAAACAUGCACACACCACCAAUCUAACAGGGUGUAUCUCAGCAGCCCCUUCGAUGCCUUUUCCCCAUCAGCAGCGACAACUCCGAGCACCCUUUGACCACAGCGCCAGAACUGUUCCUUUAGACGAUCGGGAUGAAGCUACAUACGUUGAUUGUUCACCAAGAUUCACCAGGAUCCUUACCGCUGCUGCUUCACCGACAAAAGCAUGAAUGCACCCCACCCCCGAGACUCCAAACUAUUCUAUUCUGCUGAGCACCUGAGACGACUUCUUCAAAUAAAUCCUCUUUUUCUGAUGAGUCAAAUAGCAUCUUGAGCUUUGUUGGCACAAGGGAAUCACCGGAGAAAGCCCAAAAGUGUGUUAGAUUCAAGACAGCACUCAGCACUGUUCAAGAACUAGUUGACUCCCGUAUUGCUCCCUACAUAUAGGCUACAUGAUGAUAUCUAUUUUGCAUUGCCUUGUUACCUGGCAAGCUCAACAGCAUCUGGUCCUAAGUUAGUUACGUUAUUUGUCGUAGUAGCCCCAAAAGGAUCCAAACUGUACUAAAACAGCCUAAGCUAAACCUUAUACUGUCUAAAUUUGGACCUAAACUGAUCACUGAUUGUAUCCUAUCGGACCCGCGUGCCUGUCUCUACAGCUGACCCACAAUGCAUUCCCGGCUGGUUUAUAUUGGCGCCAUAAAGGAGGACCUCAGGGAGACCGCUCUGUCCCUCCUCCGGUGAAAUUCAACCUUAGUGAAUGGAGAGGCAUUAGUCUACAGAUAAAACGACAAGGAGAGCAUAAAAGUGAGGGAUGACGAGAGCAGAUAAAGGAGGAGGGAGGAAUAGAAAUAAGGUAAAAUGAUCACAGAUGAUAAAGUGAUGUAUUCAUGAGCAGUAGCCCCUCUCCUCUCCUCUGCUCCGCGUUCACUUCUGUAUUAGGAACAAGAGAAUCUGACUAGAAGAGUUUGGUCGUCACUGCACUGAACCUGGACUUGAAUGUGAAAUGCCUGCCUAUAGAUACACACAGGCUUAGUACAUAUGUAUUUAACAGAAUGAUACCUACAAAGUAUUAUAAGAUAUUAUACCAAUAAAUGAAUGGUGUUUGCAUUAUAA